UGCUGGUGUGAAUGGAGUGUGUGAUACUGCGCAACGCUCGUGGUGGACAACAUUUCAAAGUAGCACCGCUUUUCAACAAGUUGCAAGACAUCGGUGAAAAUGAUAAACUGCCGACCAGAUAACAAGCGUCAAGCACGCAUGUAAAUUCAACAGGAGCUUGAUAUACAGUAAAGUAGGGCAGUUAUUUUCUGUGUGGCGUGAAAUCAGUAUGUAAUUAAGUGUGGUGAUUUUUUUCUUUUGUGUUGACAAUUGGUGUUUGUGAGUGGGUUGUGUGGGACUGUAGUCAUAUCGUCUGGUGCCUAAGGAGAAUCUGACAUCAACUCUAGCGAAACUGGAUCAGGUAUCAAUGCCGGCUGUUGAAAGCAACUCCCGCUAGCGGACAGAAGUCCCUGUGCGCUCCGUUAGUUCUGCUCCAAGUGAAAGGUAGAUGCAGUCCUACUGAAGGGCCAGAGACAAAUAUGGAUUGGACUUACAGGAAGUACUGACGGGGUCAGGCGAUGGCUACAUCCAGCAGCACCGGGGGUGGCCAGCACCACGCCUCCCUCAAUCUGAUGGCUUGUGUGAGAGAGUCGUCACCCCAGCAGGAGGAUCUUGUGUCUGAUGCCAUAGACGCUGACCUCGCAAGACAUGAUCCGUGCAACAAGAAACGGCGCUUUCAUCCGUUUCGAGGCCUCCGCCGCAUAUUUCGGAAGAAGGCCCGACACCAGCACGCGGGCUCUGCGGCAGCGUCUGAGCUGCAGGAACACGAAGCUGCCCAGGAUCACGUGAUGCUCGACAGCGGUGGGACCCCCAUUCAGGCACUAGAUGCCCAUCGCAGUCGGUCCACAAGCACUCUGCUGUCAGGGGAGGACGCUGGGUCUCGCAGAAGGAGUGGGAAUGGUCUGUUUCCAUGUCAUUCAGGGCUCAGUGUGUCUCAUGAUAGCGUGUUUACUGCUGAGCAUCGGACACCACACUCUAGCUCAGAAGAUCUGGACACAGCACAGAGUUCCUCGUCGCUCUCAAUCCAACAGUUGGUACUCCCAGGAGUUCGAGCGGAACUACUGGACGCGUUAAGGCGUCGAAGGGUUCGAGGAGAUUGCACGAGCGAUGACGACGAGGACCUGGGAUUGCCCCACAGCCCCUGUAACUCACCCACAACUGCAGAUGUACUUCUGGAACAGGGCCUUAAGGAAAACCCUACCAAGUCACAUAGUACAUGUAGUGAUGGGUCCUUACUAAGUAUGGGAAGUUCCGAAAUGGAUGAGGACUCUUUGGGUCAACAUUCAGGCCAUUCUUCAAAACUGUCCUUGCAUGACAAGAAGACAUUUCAUGAUAAUGAUCUGGAACUGGAUUUGGGAGUAUCAGCUAUGCCACUAAGUCAUAGUGCGGCAAGGCAUAAGAUGGCUGUAAGACCAAAACGAACCCAUGGUGCACCUCGUAGACGGCGGAUACAGCAGCUGGCUGGUGUCAGCCCGUUACCAUCAACACCGGAACUAAAUGAAGAGGCCUCAGGUCGCAGUUCAAGUCCAGAUGGUAAAUCAUCAGACUUUAUUGGCACUGAUGAGCUUAGCACUACUAUUGCUGUCAGUGGCACUGAUCAAGUCACUGCUUGGCCUUCAGCACACCCUGUUACUAACUUGCUGCCUGCUGAUGUUCAACUGAAAUCUGCAUCUCUUCCUCCUGGAUUAGCAUUAACUCCAGAGAUGCCAAAUGCUGAAACACCAAUUGUUCCAAAAGUGAAACGUUGCAACUCCAACAUAGCCCACCGGCAAGGCGCCACUGUGCAGCAAUUUCAGCGUUCCAUUUCAGAUGAAUACAGCCACUCAACAAGAGUAACCAGCAUGGCAGGGUACCAUCAUCAUACUAAGAUUGUGAGUGAAAGCGACAUUGUCUCAAAGGCUCUAAGUAAAAGUGGAGGGAACCCAGAGAGGCAGAAAAGGGUGUGUGGAGUAGUUGGAGAAGAGGAUGAGGAGGCAAGAGAGGAAGAUGUUAACGAUGAUAUGUUGUACAGGGAGAGAGAGCGAGAUGACAAGAAGAAAGAUGAGUCUUCAUUCUUCAGCAGAUUUAUCAGAAGGAGUGGCAAAAAGAAGAAGGAUCAUCCACAGGAUGCUGAAUGCACAUCCAGCAGCACUGUGUACUCUAGCAAACAAGUUUCUGAAGUACCCCCUGUGGUACCCAAACGCAUUGAUCUGAAGGGACGGUAUGCAAAUGAAACUGUAAAUGAUUAUCCUGUAAAUGUACCACCAUUGCAAAUGAAGCAACACACAGGGAAAAUGGGAGGUACUCGAAGUACACCAGCUUCAAGACAGAGAGUAAAGCCCAUCAACAUUCCAGCUAGUCCAGAAGGCCCACGUAAGGUGGAAACUAACCGAGAAGUGGAAGAAGUGACAGUUGGUCUGCCUGUACCAUCUAGUCCCCCUCCUCCAGCAACAGAAACAGAAGCAAGCAAAAAAUCUCAGGAAACUAUACCAGUAAACCGCAUGCAACUGCCAUACUGUACUUCUCCACCGAAACCUACUUGGCCAGAGCCAUCCAUAGGCUUUUACAGUAUUAAGCCAUCAGACUCGCCUUUGUAUGCUGGUAACAAAACAAAAUCUUGUUUAGAAGUCGUUUCUCCUUCCAGGGAAGGUUUGGAGCCGACAUUGAUUGAUAAUGUAUGGACCCAUGACCAAGAAGACAGUGUAACAGAUUUGCAGCAUUUCAGGUCAAAAUUGAAGCUUGCUGGAUUAUCUUCAUAUCAGCAAAGAUUGAUUGCCAAUGAACUGAAUUGUGAUGAGCGUGAAUACACUUCACUGAUAGACACUGUGAUCACUGAGGAUUCAGAAGAGAAUAGAAAGCAUGCAGUGAAGAAGUCAAAGAGCUUCAGAAGGGAGCCAGAAGUUUCUGCAUUGUCUAACAACUUGCCUGCUUUCAUUGGUGAGAGUGAAGCCAGUAUUUUGAACAGAUCUCCACAAGAAUGUUCUGUUAAGGGGGAGACACUAUGGAAAUAUGAGAUUGAACAAACAAAGACUGUCUCUAGCCAUAAGAUAAUAGAUAAUAUUGUCAUUAGUGAUGUCUCACAGCUGCCAUUGUAUGAAAUCUCUACAGCUGAAGACUGUAAUAUGAUUAGUGGAAACAAAGACAAAGGCGACACCACUGAUCCUUCAUCAGACUUAACUGGGAGACAUUUUACUAAGAAUACAAUAGUUACCACAAGAACCAUAGCAAAAGAGACAUCAACUACUGUAGAAAACAGUCCUAUGGCUAGCAUAUAUCACUCUAGGCAAUCAGAUCACAUAAUGAAAAAAUCAGCCUCUUUGGACAGCAUUGGAAGUUUAAGUGAGUCAAAGAAGUCACCAUCACCUGAACUUCAUCUGUCCAGUAAGAAGUCAUCUUCUAGUGAGAGUAUUAACAGUGUUACACAACAGGUUAUGGUCCCUGCCAGUUCUGAAGGUUUCCGUACUAUUCAGAACAUAAAGUUAGAAGAAGAGAGCAUUACAGUAUCUAAUAUCAGUACUGCUGAAAGCAGUGCUGUACCAGCAAGCCAGUUAACUGAUAAAGUAAGUCCCUUGGAUGUGAAAAAACCAGUCAUAUUCUGUGUAUCAUCCAAAACCUUACUUCCAGAAUCAUCCACACCUGCAGGAGACACCACUUCCAAACCUUUGGAGCCCCUUUCUCAGUCAUCUGCAGCUAUUUCUAACCAACCUGUGGAAAGAGUUACUAAUAAAGUAUGUUUUGAAAAGGAACAGUCACAGGUCACAACCCCUCAUCGUGUUCAGGGUUCCAGGGCCCGACCUGUAGGGCCCUCAUCAGUAGAACAAAUCCCAGAAUUUCUGAAAGUUCAGUUAAAUCGAGUUGAUAGUAAACCUGCAACUAAUGUGGUUCUGUCUACAUCUGUGGUUUUUGAUAACACAGACCGGAGUUAUAAUCCACAAACAAGACCCAAAAGGAAAGAAAGUCUGGGGAAGCUGACUGAAAAGGCAAGUUCUGAAACUGCAGGAGCUGCACUGAAUGAAGUGUUGAUUACUGAUACACCAGCCACUCCAUCAACACAGUUGCCAAGUGUAAGAGAUAAGAAAUCAAGCAAGGAAGAUGUGAUUGUAGUGUAUGAUAGUAACAUGGCUACAGAGCCAGCUACACAGUCUUGUUCCUCAGGAACUGUCGUACAAGAGACAGGCCAGAAAACUAUGACUGCUUGCAGUGAUUCUUCAGCCAGAGUCACGGAUAAUGAUACCAUGUCGGCAGCUCCCUCACCAAAACAGAGGAGCAAGUCAUUCCCUUCCACAAAUCAAAUGAAUGUGACCAAUAUAAAGUGUUCAGUUGUUUCUAUAUCCUCCAAUAUGGCAUCUUCUCCACUGCCAUCAGGGUCCUCAAAACCAGUUCUAAAGAAACAAGCAACAAGUCUUGAUUCAGCAGAUAGCCACAAAUCCUUCAUGAAGAAGCAAAUGAGUGAUGAUUUUGAAGAUAUUACAAUUGUUGACAAGGCAGUCAUACCAAAUGUGGAAGAAGUGUCCAGUAAUGUUCCCAACCUUGAAAUGAGCUCAUCAAGAAAAAAGUCUAUAACAAAGGAACAUGGGUCUUGGAGGGAAGAGGAGAUCAUAGCAACAGAAAAGAAUCAGGAAAUUGGCUCUGUUGAAGUAGUUCUCCGUAGUAAGAAAAUAAUCUCUACAAAAGACUUUGGGCUUAGAAAAGAAGAGGAAACAAAUAUGGUAGAAAGACGUGCAUCAGGAGGAGUGGACACAGCAAGCAAGCAGGAUGGGAAGAAGUUUGGACUAUGGAGAGAGGAGGAAGGUCAGGCAGAGAAGCGAACUUCUGGAGGAGAGACGAUCAGAACACAAGAAAACAACUUGGGUACUUCUGAAGUGGUUCUGCGCAAGAAAUCCAUUUCACGGGGUGAUAGUGGAAAGGGAGGGGGAGGGAAGGAUGAAGAACCAGAACUGUUGAAGGUUUUUGCACGCCGUUCUUUGAAACUGAAAGACAGCGAGAGUGAAGCUUUGGGACAGCAAGUCGCAACCAAGAGCCGCACUGAACCAGUAUCAGAGCAGCAGGGAACAAAGUCAAGAGACAGCGAUAAAGAGAAUGAAGGCGGUGAUUCACCACGUGAAGAAAGGAAGAAACAGAUGAUUAAAGAGCCACUCGGUGAAUCAAAAAUACACAUUGAUUCUAGUGAGACAAUACCAGUCUUGAAAGCUUCCACCACAAGUAUAAGUCUGUGUAACACCCCUCGAAUUGGAAGCAUUGUGACUGGAACAAACAAAUAUCAGCGAUCUCUUAGCAGUGGAGCCACUAUGAAUAACGAACACACUACUCACAACUGUGAUGCAAGCUUCAUAUAUCGCAAAGAUAAUCCUGGGAACAGCCCUGACAAGCGACAAAGGCACAGAACUAUUCCUGAAACCCCAAAUACAGAAUUGAGCUUGGAAAAGACACCUCAUAGAGUAUGGGCAAAUAUUUACAAGGAAAAGGAAAUAGAUAUAACAAAUUCUGAGACAAAGAGAUUGAAUAGUGACAAAAUAAACUUGCAAGGUGAAAAUAUACCAAUUUCUGGCAACAGUGAAGAAAGCAGUAUGCCAAGAUUUAAAAGAAUCCAGCAGAGGAAAGAGGAGUGGGAACUACGAGCCCAGCAGGCAUUGAAGAAAACAUUACCAUAGAAAUUGUAGGUUCUCGGACUUCAAGAAGGAAACCAAAUGUGCUACUUCAGUGUUGGAGGUGGUAGUGUAAUACCACGAGGACCAGUAACUCAUGGAAGUAAUCAUCACAUCAGUUGAAAUAACUCCUGCGCGUCAGAAAUAAACUGAAAGUUAGUUAAGAACAAGUUAAAUCUAUACAAGAAGCAUAUUCAGUCUGAAUACUGAUGAGUCUCAUACGAAGUGAAUGGAUGAUAAAGCGACACAUCUAUAUUAUCAGUCGUGAUAAUGUUUUGCAUUUCUCUUGACCAAUUUGUUCAUUGUGUGUCCUGUCAUUGUUUCUUUUUGAACUGCUAUCUGUAAACCAAUACUUAGCAACUGACAAUAAGAUUAUAGACACAAUGUUGAUAGGAAACAUUGACAACAACUAGAAUUUGCUGUGCAGUGUUUUAUGAAUUAGAUGAUAAAAUGUGAUACAUUUAUCACAUAUACAAAAUAAGAGCCAACUGUUAAUAACAUGUAUGUUACUUGUAGUUACUUUGCUUUUGUAGGUAGCAAUUUUAACCUUUGUAUAAUAUCAUGUUGCAGUUUGUCAUAGCUAAAAUGCGGGAAUUAAUUUUAAAACAUUUGUUUUAAAAUAUAUGCAUCUUGACUACAUUAGCUGAUUGCUACAUUUUCCUGGUUAUUAUGAAGUUUUUACGUUUUCUUGAAUGUGACUAUUUCACAUUGACAGAAAUAUUUUAAGUAAUGACAAGAAUGUUAUUUAUAUUGUUGCAAAGAAGUGGGUAGUAAAUAUAUUUUUGUCACUAGUGUUUAUUGUUGCAUACUAGACAGGGUGAUUGUAAAUGAGCUGUGAAGUUUUUAAAAUUUAUCUGAAGCUAAAUAUGAUUGUGUAUUUAAGAACAAUGCGGAACAUGAGUGAAGACUGCAUGCUUAUACCACCAAUGUUCUCUGUACCCAAAUUAAUUUCUAUCAUGUUUAUGAAAAGAACAAUUAUUCAAGAAGGAAUUACAUUAUAUGAUCUGUAUAUCUUAUUAAGACUUGUAAGAUAUAUUUGAAUUUUCUUAUAUGUUAUAUACUCAACAGAUUGGAUGAACAAUUUUCAUGUAGUGUCAUAAAUAUAAAAGGGUCCCUGUGGACCAGAUUCAACCAAAAUAAAAUUUUACAACUGCCUAUAUGUUCUACCUUGAAUAUCACCUAAAAUUGUGAUAUCAUUUAUAGGUUGAAAUAUGCAGACUGGUAGAUGGAUAAGUAAACAGAUGAAUAUGAUGUUCCCCUAAGUCAUUCAUAGUUUCAAGCAUUGUGUUUAUACACUGAAAAUGAAAGAAAAGUACAGCAACUCUUUCCUCAGCAUCAUCAUCAGUAACCACGGAGUAUAUGAAGCCUCAUGAGGAAAUACGUGAGAUACAUUUCCCACAUUGUCAAACACAGGUUGAAAGGGCCUAAAAAACCUUUCUGAGAACUUUAUUUUGUACAACUCUUUUUGUGCAUUGAAUAAAUAAAGUUUGUUUGCAAUGAAGAAGUCUCUGUAUCUUGUCACGUUUACGCUGCACAAUGUCGCAUAGUUAGAGACAGAAGUCAUUUCUGAAAGGGUAUAUGAAGUUUAGCUCUGAUAUGAAAGGGGUAUAUUGACUGAAAAUAUUUGAACAAUUGUGCUCUAGCUGCAUAAUGAAUUUUUUUUUGGGUUGAUUGACAUGAAACUGUUUAAAUCUUUCUUCAUUAUCUUGGUGUGACACUUAAGUGUUACAGUGUUACUUUAGGUAACAGAAGUUUUCACUGCUGUAUUUCGUAGUAUAAGAAACACACCAGUGUAUGGAACUCAUGAAGGUUUCUUAAGGCGAAAUUAUGAUUUUUUUCCUCCCCCUGUUUGAUCUUCUCAGUCAGUAUGUAACUCCAGCUUUUCCUCAGAGAUGGUGAUAAUGUUUGGUUUCUGGUUGCAUCUUAGAAUGACUUAGUAACACUUCUGCAAUACUAGUACCUGCAGUGUAUCUUUCUGGAAAUGAAGUUAUUGUUUUAUAUUAUUUAUUAUUACUUGUUUUAACAGAUAUUGGUUUUACCAGAAAUAGUUCCUGUGCCUAAAUACCUGAACCUUGGUGCAUUAACCAUAUCUCUAAUGCAUAACCCAUUUUCAUUGUUACUUCCAAUGUUGAAGAUACACUAUGAUUUUUAAGGCUGUUUCUGAGACUAAAACUUUACAUCUUACAUCCCAGGAAUUGUGAUAUAUUAACAGGAGGACCAAGUGUCUUUCACCACCUAAUGUGUCUUAUACGUACAUUCCGAUAUAAUGAGAUGUUAAUACUGCAUAUAGAAUUGAAAAACUCACAUUGGUUCUCUUUACUGAAACAGUACCUUCAAAUAGAUAAUGUGUCCUACCUUCCUUGUCCAUCUCUUCUCAACAUCAUUAAGUAAUCUGCAUACACGAUUGAAAUCGGGUUUACCAAGAAUACUAUAUUGUAGUGACCAUCUUCAUUUCUGGAGAUCCUGGAUUACAUCAUGGGCUGUCAUUUUCUUACAAUUGGAAUGGUAGAUAUUUAAAGUAAGGAAUAUAACUUUACACAGAAUCUUGACCCUUUCUUUCUUAAUGUGAACACUUGAAACUGAUACUAUAUCAGUCCUGUCCCUAACAUUUGAAAGUGUUGCAUAUGUAUUUUUCACCUGUUUCACAGUGAUUUCUGUUGGAGAAUUAAUUGACUUCCUGAUGCAUGAAUAGAUUAUACAUUAUAAAUAGGCAGAGUUUUUUUUCUUCACAUGUUAUUUGUAGUUUCUGACUAAUUUUUGGUAACAUGAAAUAGUAAUAUAAUUAUUUAUUUUUGAAACAAUAAGAGAAAACAUCUGUCUGUAUAGCACUGGGAGAUGGUUAAACACAUUUUGAUGGAUAUUUUGUUUUAUAUUCUCUAAAUAAAAUUUUUUUAAAUAGUUCAGGUGAUAUCACUUUCUUAAUGAUAAUUUUGAGAGAACUUGUAAAAUAUAAAUGUGCUAAUUAGCUCAGUAACUUAUGAUAUUGUUAGGAAAUAUCAGGAGUAGUGGCGACAUCUAAAACUGAUAAUUUAGCAAACUGAACUUUUAUCUGUGAAAUAGUAAACAUGUGACUGACUACAAUAUCUGCACUCCUGAAGAUUGCAGUCUUCUGGGAUGGGUUGCCACCUGCAGUGGUACCUGGCUAGCAUACUUUAUGAUGCACCAUUCCAUAAGGCCAUCAUUUUGAUGGUAACUAUGUGAGAACCUCACAUCUCAUAUGUUUAACCUAACAUUUAAGGUAGCUGCAUAAAAUGAGGAUUCCAUGUUCAAAAAGCUUUAAGACUGUGAUUAACCCCUUCAAGACUCUCAAAAUGGUAGCCGACAUGCCCUUUAAAUAAUAGCAAGUCCUGGAUAUUAAAGUAUUAUCUUAGUUUCAAUCUGUUUUGAUGUAUUACAUUCCUUGAUAAGGGGAGGACCAUAGUAGAACAUAAAACUACGAUCUGUUAAUGAAGAUGAAAUAUUAGUACAGUCUAAGUGGAACUUCAAAAUAUCUCAGACACAUGGUACAGCUCUUUCAAAAGAGCAGCCAGCUACAUCUCAGAGAUGAUGUUAAUUGAUGGUUAAUUAAGUAGUUGUGAAGUAUGUACCAAUAUUAUUGAAGAUAUUUGUGUUUGUAAUGAAUGCACUAAAAUUCCUCAUUGCAAGUUGUCUUCUGUUUUGAAAGACACUUAUAUUGACAUUUUAUCUUGAUAACAGUUCCAGUUCUACAUGAUCAAUUUAAAUGUUAUUUUCUUUUUGAAAUCUGAUUUACCUUUCCUUCCAUUUUGAUGGCCAUGAAAUGAAUUUUAAAACGUAUCAUUUGUAUCCUUCAAGUUCCUAACUGUUUACCGUAUUUUUCUAUACUUACUUAUAUCAGAGAUAUAAGCUGAUAUUAGCUGAAAAUCGAAGAUACUUCAGGACUGGUGUUGCUGAAGAGUUUAGAUGAAAUAGAGAAUGUUGUGUGAGUAUGUCACAGGAGUGUUAAAGUCUGCAUUUAAAAGCAUUUCUAGAUUCUCUGAUUAUCAGGAAUGUACAUACAUAUUGGUAUUUUUGUUCACUAUAGGUAAACCUGGUUUGCUCUCUGUAUCUCUGAUAAAAUGUUACAAGAAAAUAUAUUAUGAAAAUCUGUAUAGAAGAAUAUGUAUGACAUAUUCUUUUAAUUCAUUUAGAGCUUAAUAAUGUUGAUUAUUUUUUUAUUUAUUAUUUUUAUGGUUUAUUUAACAAUGUGAUUAUUAGCUCAGACUGUACGGUGUCAAAUUGUAGAAUGAAUAGUGAAUAAUGAAUUGAAACAGAUAUGGAGGGAAACAGUCAUAGCCUAAUUUGUUGGUCUGUCCAAACAUUUACCUGGAAGGAACUGUUGAUUAUCAUAAGAAACCUCAGUUAGGCUAUUCAGUGUUCUGGCUGAGAUUUUAACUACACACCUCCAAAAUACAUGCCCAAAAAUUACUGGUUGAUCCAGCUUAUUAACAUGGUUCAGGUUAUUAUGAAGUAUUUCUUAGAUAAUAUCAUGAAUUAAUCUGAUAUGUCUUUUGUUUUUCUUCUUGAUAUUGGUGUUCUUCUGUGCUUUGUUCCACAGUCAAUAUUCUUUUCAAAAUUGACAUAAUAAACAGAAGAAUAUAUGUAUUGUGUGCAUGUAUCUAUAUAUUUUCAAGAGUUCCAGAACUUCUGAAGGUAACAAAAUACAUUAGACUCAAAAUGAAUGUAAGUUGGAGAGGCAGAAGUUGGUUAAAUAUUUGCAGUAAUAUGAAUGGAAACAUUCAAUUUUUCCUUUCAUUUUUGAAGGACACUCUUUAUAAUAUUUCUGAACUGUUAGAAUGAUAAACUCUGUAAAACAUCGGAACAAGGGGUCAAAGACUCAUCUUUUAAAUAAAGGUAUAACGUAUGGUAUGUUGAAUGCAAUAGUUUUCAGACUUGAAACAUAAAAUCCAUAACGUAAUGUAGAGGAAAUAUAUAUAAACAGAGAAAGCAAAAGAGUGUCUCUGUGAUUCUGUUUUAUUUUAUACAUAAAUAUUUUCUGCAUAACAUUUUGUAGAGAGUUGCUGUUCACAAGUCUGAAGUGGGUGUUCCAGCAAAAUUGACAUCCCACAAUAUAAAUCAUUCUCAGCAAACUGUUGUGCAUUUCAUAGCUGCAUCAGUAAACAACAUUUUUGUGUCCCCUUUCAUUUAAUUUAUCUGCUGGCCUUGAAGAACAUAUGUAUAUGAAUGAAAUUAAUUGUUCUUGCAUAAAAGCAGGUACUAAGUUGACAACUUUCAUAUUUUUAUGAACUGAUAUAUAAAAGAAAUUGUGUCACUGUUUAGUGAUACAGUGAACCCUCCUCAAACAUGGAUUUGUCCAAUGCCUGAAAAUAAUUAUGAAGAGUUAUUUGCUGAACACAGAAAGUUCAGUUAUACUCAGUGUGCCAGACACUGUAGUAGCAUUCAAAUUAUGUUCUGAUGCCUAAUUUUGUGCUAAUAAUUUAUCUGAUACUUAAUAUCCCAUUGACAUUUAAUUUUAACCCUAGUGCUGCAAUAUUUGACUGAAGAUGACCAUGCAUCCAUUAUUGUGUCAUGUGGCUAUGAAUAUGCAUUUGUGUUGCUUUUUUUUCUUCCUCAUAUUUGUACUUUAAAAUUACAUUAUUUUAUGAAAAUGGUGAGAAAAUAAUAUGCAGCAAAAGGGUUGAAGUCUGAGUUUCUGUAGAUACUUUAUUUAUUACACGGUUUGUUCAUAAAUUAAUAUCAUUGCAGUAUAUUUGUUAUUUUACUCUUUAUUUACGUUGACUUUCCAUUGGCAUGUUCCUGUAUCUCCAUUAAUCACAUACAAUAUUAAGUUCAUCCAGUGUGUAUUCAUUGAACAUGCCACUUUCAAGGGACAUUUGCCCCAUGUUGGAUGAGGAUUUACUGUGUACCUUGUGAGUGGUUGUAUAUACAUGUAUAUAUGUAUAUGUAUAGUCUGUAUAUAACUUGAGUGUUUACAUUUAUCUUGUGUGAAUGAUAUUCAAUAUUUUUAACUGAAUAUUCAAACACUAUUCUAUUAUUGAUUAUUGUUCUGGUAAUAAAUACCAAAGUAUGGUAGGCGUUAGAUGUGUGAUUGAUAAUUCAUUCAUAGAUUUAAUAAUAUAAAUAUUUUCAUGGAUUAAUAUUAAUAGGUAUGUAAUGAUUCCCUAAAAAUUUCAGUCAGAGGUGCACUCAUUAUGAUAUGGUUCUGUUUAAAGUGUUCAGUUUUCUGGGGUAUUUUGUGAAGUGGAUCUUUUGGCAUCCUCAGGUGACUGGUUGUGUUCGCAAUAGCAAUAUUGUGGCAUGUUCUUUUACUGUGGUUUCACUAAGGAUUAAACUUGGCAUUUAUACACUACUGAUAUGUGUGUUCAGUAAUAAACCAGGGAAGGAGAGAAAGGGGAAAAGAAGUAUGUAAAUGGAAACAUUUUUUAGGUAUAUGAUAUACAGUAAUACAUUCAGUGCUCUUGUACUGAAAUAUCUUGUUUUUUAACGUGAAAAUAAAAUAUGUGAUUAUUACUGAGGGCAAUGAAGAUGCAGAAUUCUUGAGGAGAAACCUGUAGGAAAGGAGCCACUUGGAAAUUUAAGAAAAAGAUAUAAGGAUGAUAUUAAGAUGGCUCUUAAGGAACUAGAGUCAUGCCACAAUUUCAUUAUAGCUUGUGUCAGUGCUCAGUACUAUCUGCCUGAAUACAGUAUUAGCUAACAGUUACAUACUUUCCAGGUGCAUUGCCAGCCACUUCUUUGCAAGAAUAUUGCCUACUGGAUUCUUUCUCCUACUAGAUAUAACAAUACAUACUCUUUUAACAACUGGAAAGUGUGAACAGCAUGCUUUGACAUCUUGAGUUGAAAUGUUUAUCUGAAAACAGUGCUACAUUCUUCCGCAUGGUCUCAAUCUCACUAUAUCACAGACAGGUGGGGCUAGGAAACUUUAAAUUCUGUCAAGACUUGAGGUUUUUUUUUGUGGGGGUGGGAUGUGAGUUAAAUUGCCCCAGCGUCAUGUCCAUUGAUGGUCUUUGAUAUUUGUAAUGUUGAGGUUUUGGGUUCACUGUCAGCUAUUGGAGGUUGAAGUAACAAUAAAUAUAUUAUCAGUUACAUAUUUAAUUCCCUUUGUCUUGUUUUAAAGGUGUAUUUAAUCCUCAAAAUCUUGAAGCAGACCACAUUUUUUCUAGAAAUAAGUGUAGCAUAACUGCAUUAAAAACAAACAAAAGGGAAGAAUUGAGAAGGCAGAGAUAUGUUUGCUCAGUGUGGUCGCUGGAAACAGAAUUACAAUUCAUAAAUGUAAUUAAAACAUAGAGAAUAAAUUACGUUAACAGGUACCAAAACAAAAAUUUAAAAGAGGAUUACCAUAAGCAAUGGCUAGAACUCUUGGAAAGGAUGCCUAAAACAGUCCCAAGACCAGCCUAUCAGUGUAACUAGCAGUAUCAUAAUAAUUAGUCAGCCAGAACUUUUUUCUAGAACUAUGUUUGCUUUUGCUCUCAUUUUAUGUUCUAGCUGCAUGGUAGAAACAUAUCUCUACCAGCAGUUAUGUGGCUUUUGACAAGGCUGCAGGUAUGCAUCAGUUGUUUGCUGGCAUAUGCACUAGCACAUGCAGACUGAAGGAAGGCACUGGCAAUAAUCAUACAUGGAUCACUUCAGAGUCUGUUAACUUGGCUUCAAUCAUAUCUGAAGAGUGCUGGAAUUGAUUGUGGCAGCUGCUAAAAGAAAAUAACAGAAACAACACAAAUCUUUCAUUAUGAUGAAGCCAGUCACCUGAAGAUGAAGCUAAAUCUAUUUCCUGAAAUAUUAAGCACGUCAGUAUACCUUUGACAAUGGAUGAUGUUAAACUUAAAUUUAAAGUUUUAUUGUCUUCACUCAAGUGCCUAUAUAAUUCAGUUGUAUAAUUACAGUGAUACUCUGUCUCUUUCUUCUGUAACAUAAAAUUAAUUGUCAUAUAUAUCAAGCCAUGUGUGAUAGCAAUGUCGUGAACCAAAAUAGAACACAGAAGGCAAAGUAUUCUGCAUGAUCCAAUAUGUACAUAAAACUACUGUGGUGUGUGGUAAAAUUAUACUGAUUAACAAAGCAUUAGUAUUUGAACAAAUUCAUAAUUCGUAACUGAUCUUUGACAGUAUGUAUGAGUUUUAUCCACAGAAGGCUGUGUGUGUUUGUGUCUUAAAAGAAUAGUUGUAUAUAGUUAGCUCAUUGCUUUUGAAAAAUUUGAAAAUGUAUUUUUAUGGUAUAAUAGUUACAAAAUUGCAGCAUGGUAUAUUCUGGCUUUGAAUAGCAAGGUGCAUUUUUUGUAAUAUACCCAAUAAAGCUCUAGAAUAACUAAUUUGCUAAAA